AUGAGUGCCUUAAGUACUAAGAUUUCCUCUCCUACAAUCCAUGCCUCUCCUGCAAUUAAACCUGUGAUUGAAGCCUCUCCUAUAAUCCAUGCCUCUCCUAUAAUUGAACCUGCGAUUAAAGCCUCUCCUGCGAUUGAACCUGUAAUUGAAGCCUCUCCUACAACCCAUGCCUCUCCUGUGAUUGAACCUGCGAUUAAAGCCUCUCCUAUGAUCCAUGCCUCUUCUGCGAUUGAGCCUGCGAUUAAAGCCUCUCCUGUGAUCUAUGCCUCUCCUGUGAUUGAACCUGCAAUUAAAGCCUCUCCUAUGAUCCAUGCCUCUCCUAUGAUUGAACCUGCGAUUGAAGCCUCUCCUGCGAUUAAACCUACAAUUGAAGCCUCUCCUACAAUCUAUGCCUCUCCUGCGAUUAAACCUACGAUUGAAGCCUCUCCUGCGAUCCAUGCCUCUCCUGCGAUUGAGCCUGCGAUUGAAGCCUCUCCUGCGAUCCAUGCCUCUCCUAUGAUUGAACCUGCAAUUGAAGCCUCUCCUGCGAUCCAUGCCUCUCCUGCGAUCCAUGCCUCUCCUGCGAUUGAACCUGCGAUUGAAGCCUCUCCUGCGAUCCAUGCCUCUCCUGCGAUUGAACCUGCAAUUGAAGCCUCUCCUACAAUCCAUGCCUCUCCUGCGAUUGAACCUGCGAUUGAAGCCUCUCCUGCGAUCUAUGCCUCUCCUGCGAUUGAGCCUGCAAUUAAAGCCUCUCCUGUGAUCCAUGCCUCUCCUGUGAUUGAGCCUGCAAUUAAAGCCUCUCCUGCGAUCUAUGCCUCUCCUAUGAUUGAGCCUGUAAUUAAUGCCUCUCCUGCGAUCUAUGCCUCUCCUGCGAUUAAACCUGCAAUUGAAGCCUCUCCUACAAUCCAUGCCUCUCCUAUAAUUGAACCUAUGAUUGAAGUCUCUCCCGCGAUUGAAGCCUCUCCUAUGAUCAAUUCCUCUACUAUGAUUGAACCUGUGAUUGAAGCCUCACCCGCGAUCAACAAUAUUAUAGAGAAGCUAAAAUCUAGUAAGAGAGUAAUAAUUAAGACCAUUAUAAAUGACCUAAAGGUUGUUAUAAACUUAAAUAAUUUGUAA